GGCUCGGGCCGCUCCGCACGCUCCGCGUACCGGAGCACGCACGGACACACACGCACGGAGACACACACUGGCUCUCUCACGCACGGACACACAGAGCACCCACACACUCACACGCCGUGAUGUGCGAUGCGCGAUGCGCGACGUGAGGCACCUCGCACGCCCCGGGGCCGGGGGGAGCCGGCGGGAUCUGCGCUGCCAGCCCGCCCGCCCCUGCCGCUCCCUCUCCUCCAGACCCAUCCAUCAGUCUCUUCCUCUCGGUCUUCUUCUUUCUUUCUUUUCUUUCUUUCUUUCUUUUUUAAAAAAAUCCUUUUUUAAACAUUUUUUAAAUUUUUAAUUUCUUCUAACUGUAUCUACUCAAGCCCUGAAAAAAUGCCUGCCCGUGGAGCGAGGAGAGGGCACCGGGUCGGUAAAUAAGAAUGGCGGCGCCUGACUUGCUGGAUCCCAAAUCGGCCACUCAGAACUCCAAACCAAGAUUAUCAUUUUCCACCAAGCCUACAGUGCUCACUUCACGGGAGGAAAGUGAUUCAGCUAUUAAUGUUAUGAAAUGGAAGACAGUCUCAACAAUCUUUCUGGUGGUAGUUGUAUAUUUGAUAAUUGGAGCAACAGUAUUUAAAGCCCUGGAGCAGCCUCAUGAGACCUCCCAGAGAACCACCAUUGUGAUUCAGAAGCAGACGUUUGUAUCUCAGCAUUCCUGUGUGAAUGCAACAGAGCUUGAUGAACUGAUUCAGCAAGUAGUGGCAGCAAUAAAUGCGGGAAUCAUACCUUUAGGAAACACAACUACUCAGAUCAGUCACUGGGACUUGGGAAGUUCCUUCUUCUUUGCUGGCACUGUUAUUACCACAAUAGGCUUUGGAAACAUCUCUCCACGCACACAAGGUGGAAAGAUAUUCUGUAUCAUCUAUGCCUUAUUGGGAAUUCCCCUGUUUGGUUUUCUGUUGGCUGGUGUUGGAGAUCAACUAGGAACAAUCUUUGGAAAAGGAAUUGCCAAAGUAGAAGAUACCUUUGUUAAAUGGAAUGUGAGUCAGACAAAGAUUCGCAUAAUUUCAACAAUUAUAUUCAUACUGUUUGGCUGCGUGCUGUUUGUUGCUCUUCCUGCAGUUAUAUUCAAGCACAUAGAAGGCUGGAGUACACUAGAUGCAAUUUACUUUGUGGUUAUCACUUUAACUACCAUUGGAUUUGGUGACUAUGUUGCAGGAGGAUCAGAUAUUGAGUACCUAGAUUUUUACAAGCCAGUGGUGUGGUUCUGGAUCCUUGUUGGACUUGCUUACUUUGCAGCUGUACUCAGCAUGAUUGGAGACUGGCUAAGAGUCAUAUCAAAAAAGACAAAGGAAGAGGUAGGGGAAUUCAGAGCCCAUGCUGCAGAGUGGACAGCCAAUGUCACCGCAGAGUUCAAAGAAACUCGAAGGCGCCUGAGCGUGGAGAUCUAUGACAAAUUCCAGCGAGCAACCUCCAUCAAAAGGAAGCUCUCUGCCGAACUUGCUGUCAACCACAAUCAAGACCUGACCCCUUGCAAGAGAACCCUGUCAGUCAACCAUCUCACCAGUGAGAAGGACAUCUUGCCAGCUCUAACAAAGACAGACAGCAUUUACAUGAAUGGUUUGACUCCGCACUGUGCAGCAGAAGAGAUAGCUGUUAUUGAAAAUAUUAAGUAGCCAUGACUUUGGAUCCCAGUCCUUGAGAAGCUCUUGGCUUAGACUAGCCAUAUACCAUUUUUUCCUCCACCCUGUUGAUGAUAAAUGCUAAUGGCAUUUUAUAUGUGUGCAUGAGUUCCACAGAAACUACAGUCCAGAGUUACCAUCACAUCUCUUCAAAGACACAAAGAUGAAUGGCACUUCUGUUAUCGAAAGAUGCUGGAACAAGGAAUGUCUUCUGCCUUUAUCUGCCCAGACUGUUUUUCACUUCUAAUGUGCCAUACGGCCUCAAGAAUGAAUCACACUCCUUUAUGUUAACAAUGUAGCUUUGAGGGAUCAGUCCUUUAAAAUUUCAGGGUCUACCUUACUGAGCCUAGGAAUGGACCAUUUCUGGACUACAACACAUUUGUAAAUGGCAAGAAAUUCUUAUGCAGCCUUUUACCUAAGAAAUUUUUGUCAGUGCCUUAUCUUUUGAAGAACCAGAACCUCUACAGUUCCUGUAUGGUUUUUCUUUGGUUGGUGUUUUGGUUUGGUGUUGUUUUUUGUUU